GGCAUCCUAGGUAUCAGAGGUAUAACUGGUAUAAUGGGACCUAAAGGUACCAAAGGAGCUCGUGGACUUGAUGGUGAGCCUGGUCCUCGAGGUCUUCCUGGUGCACCUGGGGAUCAAGGACAGAGAGGUCCACUGGGAGAGGCAGGUCCGAAGGGAGAAAGGGGCUUACCAGGAGUUGAUGGCCGGGAAGGGAUCCCUGGAAUGCCUGGAGCAAAAGGUGAACCAGGAAAACCCGGAGCUCCAGGUGAUGCAGGGCUUCAGGGACUGCCAGGUAGCAGAGGGGAGCCAGGUCCUGUUGGUCCUCCAGGUUUACCAGGGAAAUGGGGUCCCCAAGGUGCUAUUGGACUUCCUGGACUGCCAGGUCCUCCAGGCCUACCUGGUGGUAAGGGUGACCGGGGUUCUGUGGGUGAACCAGGACCUAAGGGUGAACAAGGUGCACCUGGAGCAGAAGGAGAUGGAGGAGAAAAGGGUGACUUAGGUGAUAUGGGAUUACCAGGAGCAAAGGGAGCUGUUGGUAAUCCUGGAGAUCCUGGCUCCCGUGGGCCUGAGGGAAGUCGGGGACUGCCUGGCAUGGAAGGACCACGAGGCUCACCUGGACCACGAGGCUUGCAGGGUGAACAGGGUGCCCCAGGUCUGCCUGGCAGCCAAGGUCCAGCUGGAAAAGAACCAACUGAUCAGCACAUUAAGCAGGUUUGCAUGAGAGUCAUGCAAGAACAACUAGCUCAGCUGGCAGCCAGUCUUAGGAGGCCAGAAUUUGGUGCUCCAGGACUCCCUGGCCGACCGGGGCCACCAGGUGCUCCAGGGCCUGCUGGUGAAAAUGGCUUCCCAGGACAGCUUGGACCUCGUGGCUUGCCUGGCCUUAAAGGUCCCCCUGGUGAGAUAGGUCGUAAAGGUCCCAAAGGUGAACCAGGAGAAAGAGGAGAAAGAGGAUUUCCAGGCAGAGGACUGAAAGGUUACCCUGGACCAAGAGGUCUUCCAGGUGAACCAGGAAAACCCAGCUAUGGCAGGGAAGGCCGUGACGGUGAACGAGGUCCCCCUGGUGUGGCCGGUCAGCCUGGGGUUCCUGGUCCUCCUGGACCUCCCGGCCCUCCUGGGUACUGUGAGCCCUCGUCUUGCAGAAUGGAGGCUGGACAGAGAGCUGGUAAGAACAUGAAAGGGCCAUGAACGGGCCUUGCAAGUGCCACAAAGUGCUGGCAUCAAUUGCACAGACAGCUGAGGAAAAAAUAAGGACUGAAGGAGAAAUACAA